AUGAGCAACGAGCUCGAACGUGAGCUUCUCCUCUAUACCGAAUUCGAACAAGUUCAGCGAUCAACGGAGGUUCAACGCCUCGCGCAAUUUACCCGAGAACAGCAAAAGGCCAGUUGGAACGCGAUGGCCCAGAAACUCCAAGUGAAGUCGUGUCGUGCGGUUACCGAGGGUGGGAAGGAGGUGUGGUCGGCGAAGCUUGUAAGGUUGAUCUUCUGCUCUUGCAAGCAGGAGGUGGCGAGGUUGGCGAAGGCAAAGACACAUGAGGCAUUCGGGGUGAAAGUGAAAUGCAGUAGUUGCAUGUCAAAGGAGGUUCUUUGCGAGCCGAAAACCGGGGAGCGUACGGACAAGGUCGGAUGCCACCAGUGCGCAAUAUUGAAGAUCAAGUGCGACAGGGUGGUAAUGUAUUUGUUCGAGAAGUUCCAGGAUGUUUGGGCGGCGGAAGGGCACGCUGUGGCGAAGGCCGAUUUUAUGACCUGGUACCCCACUAUCGCGAAGAAGAAGGAGAACAAGUUUGUGGUGUUGGAAGAGAAGGAGGUUCGGAGAGCGGUGUCGAAGCGAAAAGUUGGGACUGACGACGAAGAGGAGGAUGAAGGCGAGGAGGAGGAGAAGCAAUCUGCGAAGGGUCGAACGUCUUCGGCGCGUGGUGACGACGAGGAGGAACAAGCUGGAGUAUCACCGGCGCAGAGUAAAGGCAGGAAAACGUCCGCGGCGCGUGGUGACGAGGAGGAGGAAGAGGAAGAGGAAGUGUCAUUGGCGAAGAGCAAGGGAAAGGGAAAGGAACGCCCGAUUUCUGCCGUUGAUGUUGGUGGGGAGGAGGAGGAGGAUGAUGAAGAGGAUAGUGGGUCUGAGCGGCCCUCUGGUUCUGCGAUGAUGACACCUGGUGCGAGGAUGACUCCUGGUCUAUCUCGCAAGGCGGUAACUCCUUCGGCGGGGUCGUCCCGGGGGCCUCAGUUCUCGGCGGUGGUACUGAGGAAGCGGAUCAAGACCUUGGAGGAAGAGUUGGCCAAGGAGAAGGCGCACUCCAGUCACAUCGAGGAUCGGCGGGAUUAUUACAAGCGCAAGCACUUGGAAGCGGAGGCGGAGGUACAAAAGUUGAAGACGGAAGCGAUGGACUUUUUGGUGGAGAAGUCGAACUUCGCAAAACAGGCGGCGGAGUUGGAUAAUUUGAGACUUGCGGCGAAGGACGCGGAGUUGUGGAGGGAAGAAGUUGAAGUAUUGAAGUCGGACAAGGAAGAACUCGAGAGAGAGAGGGAGGAGUUUUUGAAGUUGAGGGAGGAAAGCGAGGGAAAGUUUGCGGCUAUAGGAAGGGAAUGGGAGGUUCAACGUGUGGAGUUGGAGGAGAAAUUGAGGGUGGUUGAGCAGGAAACAGAGGCGGGUCGGUCCCUCUGGGAGGAGCAGAUGCGAGGUUUCAAGGAGUCGAGAGAAGCGAUGAAGGUUAGAAUGCGGGAAUUCGAGUUAUUUACGAAAGGGUCUGGCGCCGGAGUGUCGGGCGUAGAUGGUGCCGAUGAGGUCGACAAAGUUUUGGCGGAGGAUGGCGCUGCAAUUUUGUCCCUUUUGACGGCGCUCCGGGGUCACAACGCCGAGCUGCGAGAACAUCUCGAGGCCUUCCGUUCGACUAACACUCGUGUGUGGAUGUUGCUGGAGGGUGCAAGCCGAGAACCGGCCAAGGCGGCGGAGUACUAUGGUGCAGCGAAGGCGAGGGCAGGAGAAGACUUGACGCGGGCACUGUUGCUGUCCGGCGUAGAGGUGUCGUUGUCGUUACUGGCGAGAUUUGAGCAGGUACUGGGAGUUUUGAAGAAGGGAGAGCGUGGAGGCGUGAAGCGGGUUGCAGAGGAAUUGGGAGAGGGUUUGGAGGAUAGGCCUCCGAUGGGCCAAUCUGGAGUUGGAUCGCGUUUGAUAUUUGCGAAUUUUUGGUCUUUCAAAUCUGUGGCGACGAGUCUCGCUUCGUGUGAUGGAAUGUUAUCGAAGGAGAUAGAUAGUCGGGGGUGGAAUCCUUUGUUCGCGAAGAAUGUCUUUGAGUAG